GAGCAAAGGCAACGAAUCAGCCAGUAUAAACUCACAUGCGCAGUGGAGCCACAAACUAAAGGAAUUUUAGACCCAGUGGUGUGCGAACCGGGUUGCUAAAUUCGAAUUAACUAGGAAUUCUGACUUCUGGGAAGAGCACAGAGCUGUUGCAGCGGCUGCCGUCUCCAAACCCGGCACCAUGGCGGACAUGACAGUGGAGGAUAUCAACCUGCGGGCCAACCAGCUGACAGAUGAGUCCCUGGAAAGUACCAGGAGGAUGCUGCAGAUGGCAGAGGAGAGCAAAGAGACUGGAGUGAAAACCCUCACCAUGCUGGACGAGCAGGGAGAGCAACUGCACCGCGUGGAGGAAGGAAUGGAUCAGAUCAACGAGGACAUGAAGCAUGCUGAGAAGAACCUGACGAACCUGACCAAGUGCUGUGGGCUGUGUGUGUGUCCCUGCGACAGAGCAAAGAACUUCGAGGUGAGUGACCACUACAAGAAGACCUGGGGCACCGGCACAGAGAGCUCUGCCAAAGUGGUGUCCAGCCAGCCCUCCGGCACCACCCAGAAUGGACAGCAGACCUCCUCGGGAGGACCAGGGGGACCCUACAUCAAGAGGAUAACGAACGAUGCCCGGGAGGAUGAGAUGGAGGAGAACCUGGACCAGGUGGGCAGCCUCAUCGGGAACCUGAAGAACAUGGCAUUGGACAUGGGCACCGAGAUCGAGAAGCAGAACAACCAGAUCGACCGCAUCACCGUGAAGGCUGAAACAAACAAAGUGCGCAUUGAUGAGGCCAACCAGAGAGCGAAUAAACUCAUCAAGUAGCUAGAGCACUUCUGUGGGGUGAGGAAAAGAGCAACCUUUGACCCCUCCUUCUGGACCUCGAGCAUCCUCCAGCUUCCACUUCAGUCUGGACUCUCUUCCUACAGGAUAUCUAUCCCCUCCUCUCCUCCUUUACAAAAUCAAGCCAGGGUGCUCAUUGCAGCGACGGGAUGUGUGAAGGUAGCACUAGGAAUGGCAGGGCAGUCUGGGAUUGCCUUCCAAUCUGAACAAGAAUUUUCACGAGUCACACAGCAGUGCAGCACUUAAGAAACGGGUUUAUGCCUCAGAAAUACCAGAGAUAUGGUUUUCAAUGGCAACGCUGGAGAUGGUAGAAUCAGUGUGCAGGGAAAGUGCUGCUCCAUCUUUCUUUCUUUCUUUCUUUCUUUCUUUCUUUCUUUCUUUCUUUCUUUCUUUCUAUUUUACAGCAAGGGUUUGUAAUUUGGGGAUGUGCAACCUGAGGACUGUGGCCCCUACACAAGCCUGUCAGAAAUGCUAAUAACCAACACUGAGAUAGUUAAACAUGUUUUGGCCACAAAAAAAUAUUCAAAAACAAACAAGAAAACAGACUUAUUUUAGAUAAACACAUUUAUUCCAGGAAUUUCAACUCCUUCCAUGCAGCAUAGUGUAGCUGUGGUUGCUCACCCCUAUUAACCAGUAGUCUGUCUUUAACUAUCUGGGAUAAUCAGACUUUCUGUUCAGGGCUUCUGUUUUAGUACAUGUUAAUAAACUCAUUCAAAUGGAUGUAGUUCAUUUGGUCUAUUCAGUGCAGUUGUUUUUGUCACACGUGAUGUCCAUCCCUUCUGGAUGUAUAUACGCCGCUUGCUCUGUUAGUCCUUGUUCCCUUCACAUUAGCGUCUAGGUGUCCCAGCAUUUCCAUGAGAGCGUUUAAUCAGUGCAGCCUGGUCCCAGGCUGGUCAUUUACAUGUUGGGAUUGAGAGAGGCGCACGGUUUGUAAAUGAAUACAAUCAGAAAAGCAACACUAUUCACCAGACACUGGUCUACAUGUGUCCUUCAGCCCAGUGUCAAUCCCCUCCACCCCUAGAAGACAGUUGGGUUGCUAUUGUACUAUAAAGAGAGCCCUGAACAUUUUGCAGUAUAUAAUUUUAAAUUAUAACCAUUGUCUCUCUCUCUCUCUCUUUGUGUCCCUUUUUAUUUUGGUUUGUUUCCCCAACUGAAAUGAUGGCUUGCUUUUGUUAUGUGUUCUUGCCCAUGUGUUGGUGAUUCACAUAAUAGUAAUACAUGAAACACAGCCCCCCUCCCCAGCUUGUUUUAAUUGGUGCAACAAUUUCAUGUUUUCUUCUCCAGAUGUGUGGGUUAACUAGCUGGGGUUAUAUGGCUGUUUCCUGCAAAUAACGUUUCUGUAACUUUACAUGCUCAAUCAUUAAAAUCAAGUUUGUCAAGUAAGAACUUCUCGGCUUUUCGGCCUGGGGCCUGAGUCUGUCCAGCGUAUUGGAGUUUUUCAGCGUAUCGUUACAAUACAGUAAGUAAGCAAUCAAUACAGUAAGUUGUACAUUUUCUAGUGGCAAUUUGAGAUCGUAAAUUGUGCCAUCGUAUUUCUGUAUAUAAAGUGUAUGCAUUUAAAAAAAAUAAUGUCGAGUACUUGCACAUCAUUCAAUUAAGUUUGUGUCUGCAGUAGCUUGAGAUUUUACCAGGAUCAUAGUGCUGAAUUUGUUGGUAAGCAUGAUGUCAAUAAUUUAAAGAACGCCUUAGCCCUCCCGCAUUUAUGGAAGUCGGUUUUACAGCAAAAUGUUCCUUGUGUAGAGUGGGGAAUAGGGUACCUUUUUGUUUGAACCGUUUACAUCUCCUCUAAAAUUGUAACGCGUUCGGUGCAGCCCAGAGAGUAACAUCCACUGGAAUAUUAAAGGCAGGGCAGGUUGUUGUGAAGCUAAUAGACCUUUGGGUUCUGCACAGAGUAACCUCUCCUCUUGCAAGUCUUUUGUAUGACUAAGUUUUAUUUAAUGAUUUUUGCUUGUUUUAAAAGCUGUUCUAGCUUUGAUUUUAAAAAGUAUCUGUUUGAUCUCAACCACUCCCAUGUCCCUAUAGGAUUUCAAUGCAUGUCAAUGAUGACUCCUAACCAGGUGACUUCACACUGGUUUUUGGCAGAAUGAUCUGUUUAUGCAAUGGGGGAUUCAAAAACCUGUAUAGGGAUGAAACUUGUCUGGAAGCAGCAGUAGAUCAUGGGACAGACGAGUGUGUGGUUGCCACCUUGCACCUUGGCACUGAAUACCAUAUUUUGCAAGGCAGAUUAACCAGGCUGUUUAGAACAGACAAUCGGAUAACCCUGCAGGCCACUCACCACACUGUGCUUGCUGUUCCUGUGGGCUGCUGCAUUGCAUGCUGGGUAGUGAUGUCAUCGCAGAACCCUAGCAGUUCUGGGAACAGAGGUGGUCACAUUGAGUUAAGACAUGCUUGGAUGCUGCUCGCCAUGAUUCUAGAUGUGAGACAGGUGUUAGCCUCUUCCCCAUGGUCUUCUGUCCGUACCUGCCAUUGCUGUGCUGGGCUUAUUGAUUCCUAGCAUUCCUGGGAACCUGUCAAGUGACUUUAGAACCAUUGUGUAUAUAAUGAAAUCAGGCCCUAAAAAAUGUACCGCUUCAGUUUCUACACAAGAAAUGUUCUGCUGAAAUUUAAUACAGGAAAGAAAUUUAGUUCUCUCUCUUUUUUGUAAUCCUUUUGUCUAUAUAUAUAUAUAUAUAUAUAUAUAUAUAUAUAUAUAUAUAUUAUUCAUUUAGAUCUCUGUAGUAAUUGUGAAAUUCACUGCUUUGUAGUUUUUAUGGAAUAUUGUCUCUGCAUAAAGUGUUAUGUAAUUUAAGAAAAGUGCCUUUUUCACAGUAACGUAUAGCAACAAUGCAUUUUAAUUGAUACCUUCAUUCUGAGCCUUUCACUGUAUACAGGUAUGUCUGUUGUUUUAAUAAAGUUUAAUUCAGAUA